UACCCGUGGCGGUCGCGGACAGGCCGGACACCUCCUUGCUGGCGAAGCUUCCGCGGGUGUUGGCGAAGGCGAGGCCGCAGUCUAGCCUGCCGCGGCGUGGCUGAGGCGAUCGGCCAGGUGCAGGGAAGGAGGGAUGUAGCUGCAAGUUCUCACUAUGCAUCAGAAAAAUGAAAAAACACAAGAAAGUUCCAUGGAGGAAAGGAAUCCACUUAACCUUUUCUGAGAAAUGGAGUGCAGGAUUUGGAGGCUUUAAGAAAUUCUAUUUUCACCAACAUUUGUGCAUUCUGAAAGCUAAGUUGGGAAGACCAGCUACUUGGAAUAGACAAUUGAGGCAUUUCCAGUGUAGCAAGGAGGCCCUUAACAUCCAGAAAACGUGGAUCCAGGGUGAACCUCUUUGUGUUAAGACCAAGUCCAGAGUGCCUAUUCAAAAUGCCAGUACUUUGACCUCUAAAGUGAAAAGAAAGGACAGUAAGCAUUUCAUUUCUUCCUCAAGGAGUCUUCCAAAACUUCAAGCAAAUAAGUUGCUGUCAAUAACAAAGAACUCAGACCAUGAAUACUGUGGAGAGAAAAGUCUCUUGAAAGCAGUUGCUGAUUUAUCAGCAAAUACUGUUUCAGAUCAGGCCAAUGGUCACAAACCUAGGACAGAGUCACAAGCUUCUGACUUUCCCAUGAAGUUCAAUGGGGAGAGCCAAAGACCAGGUAAGAGCAGCAAGGUUGUGGUCACCUUGAGCAAUCAUAAGAGAAAACGCUUUUAUUAUGGCUGUUACCAAGGGCUGGAGCAUCUCGGGAAUGGGGAAUCCCUGAUUCCAAAGAAGCUACAACUUAACCAACAUCGAAAAAUAAAAGUGUCUUCUCUUAUGAUGUAUGAGAAACUAUCCAUGAUUAGAUUUCGGUAUAGGAUUCUCAGAUUGCAACACUUCAGAACAAAAGGCAAAGUUUGCAAGUUAAGAAAAGCCCAGCGAAGCUGGGUACAGAAAGUCACUGGGGAUCAUCAAGAGAACCUUAAGGACAACACUGAGAGUGGCAAUUGCAGCCCAUUUUCUUCCCCAGAACCUAAAGAAUCUUCUUGUCAGCACCUACCAUACUUUCCAAAUAUGGAUGGCAGUGUUGGGGUAAAGGGAAAGAACUCACUCAUGCCUGAUGGCCACACUAAAGGAAGCUCUUUCUUGGACAAGGACCUUAGUUUGGAUGGAGCAUUCCCUGACCAACAGAAUGGCAGUGCUACAUAUACCUGGGACCAGUCACCCUGUGCUCCUAAGUGGGAAUGUACAGAGGCGAUCCAUGACAUCCCCUUAGCAGAACAUCAUUCUGGUAACAUGUUCACCUCAGAAACUGAAAGAGAAAUUGUGACUCUGGGUCAGGAAAGUCGAACAAACACUGUUACUAAUGACAGCCUAAAGCUGUCAGUGUCUGAAGCAGAGAAAUCUGUGAGCACUGUAGAUAGGCCUGUGUCUGAAGAGACUGUUCAAAAUGAGAACUCUUACCAGAUGGAGGAGGAUGGACCUCUCAAGCAGAACAUUCUUAGUUCUAAGUUGCUGGACCACCCUUACUGUAAAAGUCCACUGGAAGCUCCCCUGGUAUGCAAUGAACUCAAACUCGAAAACCAAAUGGGAAGUGGGAAGCACAGUCAGAAAACUUCUGCAGUGGAUGAUGAACAGCUCUCAAGCUGCCUUUCUGGAUUCCUAGAUGAGACUAUGAAAAAGUAUGGGAGUUUAGUCCCACUGAGUGAAAAGGACGUCCUUGGAAGAUUAAAAGAUGUCUUUAAUGAAGACUUUUCUAAUAGAAAACCAUUUAUCAAUAAAGAAAUAACAAACUAUCGUGCCAGACAUCAAAAAUGCAACUUCCGAAUCUUCUACAAUAAGCACAUGCUGGACAUGGAUGAUCUGACUACCCUGGAUGGUCAGAACUGGCUGAAUGACCAGGUCAUUAAUAUGUAUGGUGAGCUAAUAAUGGAUGCAGUUCCAGACAAAGUUCAUUUCUUCAACAGCUUUUUCCAUAGACAGCUGGUGACCAAAGGAUAUAAUGGAGUUAAGAGAUGGACUAAAAAGGUGGAUUUGUUUAAAAAAAGUCUUCUGUUGAUUCCUAUUCACCUGGAAGUUCACUGGUCUCUCAUUACUGUGACACUCUCAAAUCGAAUUAUUUCAUUUUAUGAUUCCCAAGGCAUUCAUUUUAAGUUUUGUGUAGAGAAUAUAAGAAAGUAUUUGCUGACUGAAGCCAGAGAAAAGAACAGACCUGAAUUUCUUCAGGGUUGGCAGACUGCUGUUACCAAGUGUAUUCCACAACAGAAAAAUGACAGUGACUGUGGAGUCUUUGUGCUCCAGUACUGCAAGUGCCUCGCCUUAGAGCAGCCUUUCCAGUUCUCUCAAGAAGACAUGCCGCGUGUACGGAAGAGGAUUUACAAGGAGCUGUGUGAGUGCCGGCUCCUGGACUGAGACUCAGAAGGGACUCUACAAGUCUGACCAAGUUGGAGCAGAUGGUUUGUUACUUGAAUCUCCAAACAUUUAUUUGAAUUUUUACAGAUACUUCAGACUAGUGGUAUUGGGCCACUAUUAUUACCUCAAAUUUAUUUUUUUGCCCUUUUCAUUUCGCCAGCUACCAUGUACUUUUUUAAAUGUUCAGUUUGGUUUCAUUUUUAACGUAUGGAUCCCAUGUGUCCCUCCCAUAUUUAAUAUUUAUUAUCCAAACGCAUGCACAUAGACAGAGCAUGCAGUGAAGAGUAUUAAAAAAAGCCUAG